AUGGACUCUGUCAAGCAGUCUAUAGAUGAAAUGACAAAGAACUUCAAUGAGCAGAUGGCGACCUUCCAGAGCCAGCUUGAGAAGACUGCUCCGACGAACCCCACUGCUUCAUCACUGGCGGCCGAGUUCAAUGCCUUUAAAAAUUUUACAAUAAAAGCACUGGAAACACUACAGUCACAGGUGAAGCUGCUGGCCAAGCAGGUGGACCAGCAGGAAAUGAGGACUCGUCGUAAAAUGCUCCUCUUCCAUGGUGUGGCUGAGGCCAAAGAUGAGAACACAUCGGAAUGGGUGCUUGAACUACUCAAGAAGCACUUGAAGUCCGACCUGGCUCUAAAGGAUAUUGCCCGCAGUCAUCGCAUGGGCCGGCCGCGAGGCAACCAAUCUCGGUGCAUUCUUGUGAAGUUUCGCGACCUCUCUGAUCGUGACACGGUGUGGUAUGCCAAAACUGCACUGAAGGGAACGGGUAUUACACUAUCUGAAUUCCUAACGAAGCCCCGGCAUGAUGUGUUUAUGGCGGCCCGGGAUCGCUUUGGAGUGCGUGGCUGCUUCACUCGUGAUGGAAGUGUUUUUGUCAUCGCUGCGAACGGUGAACGCCGAUGCGUGGCAUCUCUCGAGGACGUGAAUAAAAUCCAAGUGGACGCUGAUGCUAAUAAGGCAGAGCCCGGGACUUCUUCGAACCAGUCGGACAAAGAGGCUAAGAGGCCCCGAAGGCAAGCAGCGAAGUUGCGCACUUAG